AUGCAGGCGCAGCUCAGUGAUAGGGACGGUUCGAGCACACCAUAUAGCAGCAGCGGCAGCGAAAGCACUGGCAGGAGAACCAAGUGGAACGCUCAGGCUACUGCAACAACAUCGAGGGCAGUGCCACAUUUGCGUGGCCAGUCAAAGUCUGUAUCAGAAGCAGGGGCUGGUGCUACACUACCAGCAGCCGAGACAGCAGACGCAGCCGAGCAGCCUCUCCUGCAGCUCGUGGCAUUUGACGACUUACAGCAGACUUUCGCUCGUAGCUGCUGUAAGGCGAGUCGCCGCUGGUGCUGCUGCUGCUGUUACUGCUGCAAACAGAACCUGCCACUGCAACGACCUAUUGGCACUGCAUCCAACGCUGCCGCUGGCGCGCAAGCCAUAGCUAGCUUGAGUGGUAAGAGUUUCCCUGAUCUGAAUAAUAGCAGCAGCAGCAGUAAGGGGGCCAGCAGCAGACGGCAACUCCGUGCGGCAACAGGCUGUCGCUGCCGUUGUGGAUCGUGCUGCUGUAACGCCUCUGAAAUAGCCACAGCAGGAGUGGCGUCACUACGGAGCACCACCCGACCCAACGACAGAGAUUCUUCUCACGCUCAUCUUGAGUCACAGCUACUCUUUGCAGGAAUAUCUGCUUCUUGGGAUCAGAGAGUGCGGUCUACUCACGGCUCGCCAGCAGGACCACUUGGAAGCGCUCCAUUCGUGGUGCAACGCCUGCAGUCGAUACACAUGGGCUUGCCGUUGCAGCAGCAGGAGGAGAUGAGGGCAGCUACAGCAGCAAACCUCGCUGCAGUUUUCAGGCAGGAACCUCAGUUGCAGGCAAGGGCACUUCUAGAACUCGGGGCAGCAGAAGAUACUAUUCCUACGUUGGAUUUAUUCCUUGAUUACCGGAAGCCUCGCGCGCUGCAGCAGCACCCCCUCAUGCAGCCAACCCUUCAGCUGCUGAAGAGGCUGCAGCGUUUCGCCCUCCCCCUCUAUGACCAGCAGCUUCUGCAGAAUGCAUGCGAAGACAGCGUCCUCUAUCCAAAGUUGCAGGGGCUGGAAGUGCCCUUUCGCCUGCUGACUCACGAUCUGCUGUUCCUUGCUGCGUACUCCUACCUCGCCGAUCUGCCCGCGUGGAGUAAGCCCCCCAUUCGCCUUCUCAGAAUCGUCGGAUUUCUGCUGCUGAACGCAGACUUGCAAAGACAGCACCAGAACUGGCAGGAACAGCAGAGUGAUGCAGGGGAUACGGGGGACGAGACCGCGCGCUCGGCGUCUGCGCCUUCAAGGCACGUAGCUUUUGCCACUGCAAAUGAAUCAGAUGCAGCACCGGCAGUGGCAGCAGAUUUGGAAGGCCUCAUGCUGGAGGGUGCGAGCCCGGAGGCCAUGGAGGCACUUCAUCUGCAAGGUCUUGUUUUGUUUAAUAUCCAGCUUAUUAUAAAGGACUUUGAAGCAACGCUGCACCGUAUAGAAGUCUUAUGUGAUGAGGAUCUUCUCGUUGAUGGAGACCCCUAUGAGGCGUUGCAGUCUCUCACCACUUUUCUGCAGCAGCACGGAUUCUCCCUCCACAGCUUCAGAUUUAAACAUGGCAGUACCAUCACCUCCAGUACCACCAACGGCACACGCACCAGUACCAGUUGCGCAAGCAACGCCCCUGGGCAGCCACUCACAGCCUCCAUGUUGCAAGCUGUAGCAACGGAACGAGGCUCCGCACCGCUGGAAAUGCAUGGCACAAGCAGGAGCAAUAGACGCAGCGAGCAUGUUGCUUCUCCUGACGUUUGCGGAAUGCAGGACAAACCAGUGGACAGUGGUGUUGCAUGCAACUGCUGCCGCUGCCAAGGAGACGGCUGUUUUGACGAUGACUCCGAAGGAGAGCCUUUUCUUGCUGCUUCUGUUGCUGGUGACUCGGAUAAUGAGGAUGUGGGAGGCAAUGAUGAGGAUAACGUAGAUGGAAUGCUGAGGCCUCACGUUUUGAGGGAAGAUGUUUAUUCCCAAAGUGCGGGAGAACGGGGGAUCGGCGACGCAUUGGCCUCGGCCUUUUAUUCCUUGUUAAAGACGCUCGACGAUGACAGGGGCCGACGGAAGAAACAGCAAGAUGGGUGGCCUCGGGUGUCCAUACACUCGGUGCUUUACGUACGAAAUGGUGGAAAUGCGGGUGAUAGUGCAGCAGACGAUGCAGCAACAGCAGCUGCAGCUGCUGUUGCUGCGGAGAUCGCAGAACAACAGCGCAUGCGGGUGGAAAAUGAGCAGUGGCGGCAGCAGCAGAGGAGGCAGACAACUGAGGAGGCGGACGGGACGGGGAGUAUCUUUUCCUUCUUCGAAGCGGACGAUACGGAACCAGAAGAGUCUAUGCUUUCUUUCCUAGAUGAGUGGUAUUAG